AUUGUGCCCCGCAGCUGCCGAACCGCCCGCCCGCCAGCCAGCCAGCCGUCCGCUCGGCGCGUCAGUCUGCGAGAGUCGGGUGGUGGGUGCGGAGCUUGCGGCCGUUCCCGCGGCCUCCUCCCCCUCCCGGUUUCCUUUACCCCCACCCCACACCCCUUACCCCAUCCCGGCUCCGUCACCCUCCCGCUCCCCACACUCAGGACCAGAAUGCCCUGCCCGGAACAACCCAGCAGCACCUAGAUGGCUUUGGUUACGGUCCAGCGGUCGCCUACCCCCAGCACCACCUCCAGCCCCUGCGCCUCGGAGGCAGACAGUGGGGAGGAGGAAUGCCGAUCACAGCCCAGGAGCAUCAGUGAGAGCUUUCUUACUGUCAAAGGUGCUGCCCUUUUUCUUCCACGGGGAAAUGGCUCAUCCACACCAAGAAUCAGCCAUAGACGCAACAAGCAUGCAGGUGAUCUUCAACAGCAUCUCCAAGCAAUGUUCAUAUUACUCCGUCCAGAAGACAACAUCAGACUGGCUGUCAGACUAGAAAGUACUUACCAGAAUCGAACACGCUAUAUGGUAGUGGUUUCAACUAAUGGUAGACAAGACACUGAAGAAAGCAUUGUCUUAGGAAUGGAUUUUUCCUCUAAUGACAGUAGCACUUGUACUAUGGGCUUAGUCUUGCCUCUCUGGAGUGACACCCUAAUUCAUUUGGAUGGUGAUGGUGGAUUCAGCGUUUCAACAGAUAACAGAGUCCACAUCUUCAAACCUGUAUCUGUGCAGGCUAUGUGGUCUGCGUUACAGAGUCUUCACAAAGCUUGUGAAGUGGCCAGAAUGCAUAACUACUACCCAGGCAGCCUGUUUCUCACCUGGGUGAGUUAUUACGAAAGCCAUAUCAACUCAGAUCAGUCUUCAGUCAAUGAAUGGAAUGCUAUGCAAGAUGUGCAGUCCCAUCGGCCUGACUCUCCAGCUCUCUUCACUGACAUCCCAACUGAACGUGAGCGCACUGAAAGGCUAAUUAAAACCAAAUUAAGAGAGAUUAUGAUGCAGAAAGAUUUGGAGAAUAUCACAUCCAAAGAGAUACGAACUGAGUUGGAAAUGCAAAUGGUGUGCAAUUUGCGAGAAUUCAAGGAAUUUAUAGACAAUGAAAUGAUAGUGAUCCUUGGCCAAAUGGAUAGUCCUACACAGAUAUUUGAUCACGUGUUCUUGGGCUCAGAAUGGAAUGCCUCCAACUUAGAGGACUUACAGAACCGAGGGGUGCGGUAUAUUUUGAACGUCACUCGAGAGAUAGAUAACUUUUUUCCAGGAGUCUUUGAGUAUCAUAACAUCCGGGUGUAUGAUGAAGAGGCAACAGAUCUCCUGGCUUACUGGAAUGACACUUACAAAUUCAUCUCUAAAGCAAAGAAACAUGGAUCUAAAUGCCUUGUGCACUGCAAAAUGGGGGUGAGUCGCUCAGCUUCUACUGUGAUUGCCUAUGCAAUGAAGGAAUAUGGCUGGAAUCUAGACCGUGCCUAUGACUACGUGAAAGAGAGACGCACAGUGACCAAGCCCAACCCUAGCUUCAUGAGACAACUGGAAGAAUACCAGGGGAUCUUGCUGGCAAGCAAACAGCGGCAUAACAAACUCUGGAGAUCUCAUUCAGAUAGUGACCUCUCAGAUCACCACGAACCCAUCUGCAAAUCAGGACUAGAACUCAACAAGAAAGAGAUCACCACCUCAGCAGACCAGAUUACUGAGGUGAAGACCAUAGAGAGUCACCCACCCAUACCUCCCGUCUUUGUGGAACAUGUUGUCCCACAAGAUGAACAUCAGAAAGGCCUCUGUACCAAAGAAAGAAUGAUCUGCUUGGAGUUUACCUCGAGGGAAUUUCAUGCUGGACAGAUUGAAGAUGAAUUGAACCUAAAUGACAUCAAUGGGUGCUCAUCAGGAUGUUGUCUUAAUGAAUCAAAAUUCCCUCUUGAUAACUGCCAUGCAUCCAAAGCCUUAAUCCAACCUGGACACGACCCAGAAAUGGCAAAUAAGUUCCCAGACUUAACAGUAGAAGAUUUGGAGACAGAUGCUCUGAAAGCAGACAUGAGUGUCCAUUUACUGCCUAUGGAAGAGUUGACAACGCGCCUAAAAGACCUCCCCAUGUCUCCUGAUCCUGAAUCACCAAGUCCCCAACCUAGUUGCCAGGCUGAAGUCUCGGAUUUCAGUACAGAUCGUAUUGAUUUUUUUAGUGCCCUAGAAAAGUUUGUAGAACUUUCCCAAGAAACCCGAGCUCGUACUUUUUCCCACUCAAGGAUGGAGGAACUAAGUGGAGGAAGGAGUGAGAGCUGUAGACUGUCCAUGAUAGAAGUAGCUCCUUCUGAAGUAACACCUGAUGACCAGAGAAGCAGCUCUUUGAGUAAUACUCCCCAUGCAUCUGAAGAAUCUUCAAUAGAUGAGGAACACUCAAAGGCAAUCUCAGAACUGGUCAGCCCUGACAUCUUCAUGCAGUCUCACUCAGAAAAUCCAAUUUCAGUCAAAGAAAUCGUCACUGAGAUUGAAUCCAUCAGUCAAGGAGCUGGGCAGAUUCAACUGAAAGGAGAUAUCCUGUCCAAUCCAUGUCAUACACCAAAGAAGAAUACUGUACAUGAGCUGCCCCUUGAAAGGCCCCAGACCUUAGAGAACAAAUCUGGAAAUCUAGAGCAGAAUGAGGGUUCCUACAUAGUCCAGCCUGAACCAACCAAUGACCCAGGGAAGUGGGACCCAGAAGGCUGCCUAACCACAUACUCUUCUACCGCUGACUUGGAAGAAGAGGAGCCAGCUGAGGGAGAACAAGAAAUCUGGGGCCCAGGGAUACACUCGAGUGCUAAGUGGUGCCCUGGGUCUGUGAGGCGAGCCACCUUGGAGUUUGAGGAGCGCUUGCGGCAGGAGCAGGAGCACCAUGGUACAACUUCUGCUUGUACCUCCUUGCCUACUCGCAAGAAUUCUAAGAAUGAUUCUUCUAUGGCUGACCUAGCACCAAAAGGGAAGAAUGAUGAAGCCACCCUAGAACAGGCAUGUGACCCCAAGGACCCAGAGAUGAGCAAGGGCAAAGAGAAAUGUUGUGGGGUGGAGACUAGUCCACUACCCCAUUCCAAGGAAAUUACCGUUGUCCCAGCACCCGAAUUUCAGGAACUUCACCACUUGCCAGCUCCACAGGAGUGCCCAAGGUUAGAUACUAGAACAAAACAGGAUAUAGUCCUGAAGGAGCAGAAGACUGUGGUUUCAUGCCAGGAAUCUGAGACACAGUCAUUUCCUCUUUCCCUUCCCAAGAAGAUAGAAAUUAUUGAGUUUACCCACACAGUUACAUCACCCGAUCACACUGGAGCAGGGGGUGAAGUAGCGACCAGUGAGAAGACUGAGGAGCAAGCACUGAGGAAAGUAAAGGUGGAGAAGACCAUCACUGUCCUCUGCGCACUGGAUGAGAAUCUGAACAGGACUCUGGGCCCUGACCAGGUUUCUCUGUACCCCCAAGUCCUUCCUCUGCUUCAGUCAGCCUCUCCUGAGCACAACAGGCCCACCAGCCUGCCCUCCACCAUGGGCUGCCCAGGAGACUGCAGCAACAGUCCUUCAGUGGCCCUGGAGACAGUGGCACCUUUUGUCAGUCACACAACCCAUGUACCAUCAGCCAACUUGGAUUACCUGAGUCCCCAGACUGUUGUUCACCUGGAAGGCUGCACAGAGCAAAGCAGCACCACAGACAAUGAGCCCUCUGCAGAGCCAGGAAGCUGGGAAGAAAGCCCGGAGGGACCCCCCUCCAGUGGCAAAGAAAUGUCAUUCCAGGGCUCUGAGUUAACUAGUGAAGACCUAAGUUUGAUUAGCAAACUUGGUGACACCUCUGGCAACUUACAAAUAAAAUCAGACCCGUCCCCCAUAACCUGUCGACUCCCACAUAGCUCUAGUAGUGACAAUAUAAAGGGACUCAGCCACAGCCCAGGGGUGGUGAAGGAGCGUGCUAAAGAAAUUGAGUCACGAGCAACUUGCCAGGCAGUGCUCACCAAACCAUCCCAAAUGAGGCGCUCCGCUUCCCUUGCCAAGUUAGGUUACUUGGACCUCUGUAAAGACUAUUUACCAGAGAGGGAGCCUGUCUCCUCUGAGUCCCCUCAUCUCAAACUGCUUCAGCCUUUCAUCAGAACAGACUCAGGCAUGCACUCCAUAGAGGUUCAGGGGACCCCAGAAAACCCAAAUGUCCCCCAGAACCCGGAGCCUACCAAGUAUUUUGUAGAGCAACUUAAAACAACAGAAUGUGUUGUGCAGAGCAAGCCAGUGAAGAGACCCCUUGUACAGUAUGCCAAAGAAUUUGGUUACAGUCAACAGUGUUUGCGUCCCAGGGUAGGACCUGAAUUGACUCGUUCUGAAGGCGGCCUUCCUUUGCUACAGGCCCAGGUACUGCAUUGUGCAGGCCCAGCUCCACAGCUGGCAGUGGCGCCCCGUCAGCAGCAUGGCAGAACUCACCCGCUUCGGAGACUGAAAAAGGCAAAUGACAAAAAACGGACAACCAACCCCUUCUAUAAUACCAUGUGAUCUGAGCCUACACAUGUGACUUUCUAAAAGAAAUGCUUGUAAAAGGGGCAGGUGUAAUAUGUAAGGAACAUGCACUUUAUUGGUUAAUUUUAUAAUAUUUUGGUCAUUUUACUGUUCUUGGCGCAUGCAGGGUUUGGGUUUUUGUGUGUGUGUGUGCGCGCGCGCUCGUGUGUGUGCAUGGAUGUGAAUGUGUGAGAGAGA